CUCGGCUGAUUCUCUAAGACGACGAUGCCGCCGGCGACAGCGCCGCCAGCGACAACGCCGCCGCCCCAACAGAGAGGCCUCAUUUUCCCCAAUCAAUAAUCAUGUGGCCCCCCUCAAUUGCCGAUGCUGGACGGACAAACUUGGAAGGAAUCCUAGCCGCUCCCUCUACAUGGAUCUGCAAAAGCUUUUAGACCACCGUGGGGCGUCGUUGGUUGUGGGCAGAGCUUCGUCAUAUGGGUCACGUUUCUCACAGCUCCAUCCCUUCGGUUUCCAUUUGCGCCGGCGAAGUCGGCACCGGACCGAGCGCUUCGCCCCUGCCGGUCGCCUCGACUAGUGUCGCAGUUAGGCUGCUGGAUCCGAGUUCGCUCGUCGCCGGCUGCAUAGAUCUGCUGCACAGAUCUGCUGCUGGGGUUGUUGGUCACCGGUCUCCCGUCAGAAAUUUGUCCCUGUUGCGCUCGUCGGCGUGCAGGGGUCACCGGAACUUCACCGACCGAUGGGAGAGGAAGAUCGUCGCCCCAGCCUCAGCAUCGUCCGUUAUAUGCAAAACCUUCCCGGGAGAGUUAGAAAACUCAUUCGAGGACGAGACUCCAGGAAUUCUUCCGCCACCGGAUCUGGAUGCAAUCGCUGCUGGUCUUCCGUUUCGGGGACUUGACCGAGACAUGUGAGCCGUACGAACGGCCUCGCCCUCCAGCGUCGUCAAAAACGGAGCCGACAUUAGAUCUGUAGCUGAUGAACCACCGCUGGGCAUCGUCGUCGGCGAACAAUGCUUCGGUGAGUCUGUAGUAGAGCCAAUGUUGUUGCUGAAGAUGCGGAAGGAAUUUUGAAAACAUUCUUCCUUUUAAUCCAAGAAAAACACGAAUGGAAGAGAAGUGUAUUUGCUUCAGCGUGGACUGCCGAUUAAAGCUCCACCGACAGU